UGGUCUGACCGGAGGCAGAUCCGGUGGAAACGAAUUCUGAAUCUCUGCCGACCAAAAGGGGCUAGAACGAAAAGACGCUGAUCUAGUGGGAGAGGAGGGCGGGGACCCAGAGGAAAGAGACACUCAGGGUUGGGGAAGUGUUAGGAGGGGAGGGUUAGCGUGGGAGGGAGGGACACUCUCAGAGCUGUGGGAGCGACGCAAGGAAGGAUAAGGAAAGGGGAGUGAGAAGAAAGAGGGAGACUGAAGGGGGUGGGGAGAAGGCUUUCUAGAAAGGAGACAGGAGGAGAGAGUGGAAAAGGGAUAGGGAGAGAAGCAGGAAGAGGAGAGUCAGAGUGACCUUAGAGGAUGAGGCUUCUCUAUUCCAGAUACUUCUAAGAUUGAAGACUGUUGGCUAGUGGGGAGACUCCGACUCCGGCUCCGGCAGCCAGUUGGGCAGAGGCAAAGUAAAAUGGACAGUGAGAAACAGAUGUUCCAGCCACCUCUCCAACGCCCAGAGGUCCCGAAGCUCUUUUCUGGCGAACUCCUUUCCCAGCUGGAGUCUCUGAGCCUGCUGGACCAAGGGAGCCCAGGGAGCGCCUGGAAGCUGCUCCUCGGAGAUGCCCUCGCCUAAGCAGCAUGGAUGUGCUCAACCCGGGACAGGGCAACAACACCACCUUGUCUGAGGGUCCCUUCGGGACACGCGGCAACGCUACUGGCAUCUCCGACGUGACCUUCAGCUACCAAGUGAUCACCUCACUGCUACUGGGCACGCUCAUUUUCUGCGCGGUGCUGGGCAAUGCGUGCGUGGUGGCCGCCAUCGCCCUGGAGCGCUCCCUGCAGAAUGUGGCCAACUAUCUCAUCGGCUCUUUGGCUGUCACCGACCUCAUGGUGUCGGUGCUGGUGCUGCCCAUGGCUGCGCUCUACCAGGUGCUCAACAAAUGGACGCUGGGGCAGGUCACCUGUGACCUAUUCAUCGCCCUCGACGUGCUGUGUUGCACCUCGUCCAUCCUGCACCUGUGCGCCAUUGCACUGGACAGGUACUGGGCCAUCACGGACCCCAUUGACUACGUGAACAAGAGGACGCCCCGGCGCGCCGCUGCGCUCAUCUCGCUCACUUGGCUUAUUGGCUUCCUUAUCUCCAUCCCGCCCAUGCUGGGUUGGCGCACCCCCGAAGACCGCUCCGACCCCGACGCGUGCACAAUUAGCAAGGACCACGGCUACACUAUCUACUCCACCUUUGGCGCUUUCUACAUCCCGCUGCUGCUCAUGCUGGUUCUCUACGGGCGCAUCUUCCGAGCUGCGCGCUUCCGCAUCCGCAAAACAGUCAAGAAGGUGGAGAAGAAGGCAGCGGACACCCGCUUUGGGGUGUCGCCGGCCCCGCAGCCCAAGAAGAGCGUGAACGGCGAUCCGGGGAGCAGAGAAUGGAGGCAGGGUGUGGAGAACAAGGCAGUGGGGACUCUGUGCACCAACGGCGCGGUGAGGCAGGGUGAGGAUGGCGCCGCCCUGGAGGUGAUUGAAGUGCACAGGGUGGGCAACUCCAAAGAGCACCUGCCGCUGCCCAGCGAGGCGGGUGCUAUCCCUUGCACCCCCGCCUCCUUCGAGAAGAAGAAUGAGCGCAACGCCGAGGCCAAGCGCAAGAUGGCCCUGGCCCGGGAGAGGAAAACGGUGAAGACGUUGGGCAUCAUCAUGGGCACAUUCAUCCUCUGCUGGCUGCCCUUUUUCAUCGUGGCCCUGGUCCUGCCCUUCUGUGAGAGCAGCUGCCACAUGCCCACCCUGCUGGGAGCCAUAAUCAACUGGCUGGGCUACUCCAACUCUCUGCUCAACCCUGUCAUUUACGCCUACUUCAACAAAGACUUCCAAAACGCGUUUAAGAAGAUCAUCAAGUGCAAAUUCUGCCGCCGAUGAUGGUGGAGUAGUCGGCGAGUAGGCCCGCCCCAUCCUCUCUGCCUCCUCCAGUCUUCUGGAAUCAACACUUCUGAUAGCUCGCUAAUUUCCUCUGACUUUCUCCGCUGCUCGGGGUCCCCGCUUCCAGACCUCGUCCCUCCACUUCCGUCGCCCAAUACCCUGCUCGGAGGGAGUGCGCUUUGUGCAAAGAGCCCCAGAGAGAGGUCUGGAGGGGGUGGGAAACUCCCCGCUCCGUGAUAAGCGAUCUUGGCUCAGCCUUUGGCUUCAGAAUCAGUUCUGAACUCUGCACUUGCCUCCUCCCUCUUCCGCACCCCAAAUCUUCGCGGCGGAAGUUUAAGCCUAAGCCAUUCAAGGCAAAAAAAAAAAAAAAAAAAAAAAAAAAAAAAAUCUUCACAGAAAAAUAAACAGUACACGCAGCCGCCGCGCCCAAUAACCGCUCCCACAUGAUCGCCCCACAGCUAGAACUUGGAUUUAAGGUUCAGGAGUUUGCUUCAUUCCCGAUUUCCAAACCUGCCCCGCCAUCCUACCCUAGAAACUCACUUUUCCUCCCCAGUUUCAUGCCUAGGUUUGCUAGUCGGGAAAAGCUGGAAGGUCUGUUUUUCCCAGUGACUGUGGUUUCCCUGGGAAUCCCCGCCCCCCCGUGUAGACUUGCAGAGUAUCUCUUCCGCGCACAGCCCCUGCUCUGUCUUCCGGGACUCCAAACAAGUGGCCAGAAGCUGUCUCUUAGAGUGCACUUGUAAGUACAAGCAAAGCUGGGCCAGUGGGGGAGAGCGAGGAGGGAGUGCGGAAUGAUUUUUAUCCGUGCUUGCCUUGGCGUCAGCACUCACCAAAGAAACUGACAAUCAGUGGAAAGGGAAAACAGACUUCGGUUUGUAUAGGCUCCCCGCGCGUCUGCACGUUCCGGCGCCGCGACUUACCUACCGCGGGCUGUGCGGACCAACAAGGCGUACGUGCUCAGGCCUCCCGGCCGCCUACCAGCCCAGCGCCUCCGCAGCCAGCGGCUGUGUGGCUUGCGCUCCCGGCGCGCGCGCAAGAAAGUCUACCGAACUAAAGCCAUUCCUCCGUUUACGCCGAGGGGCGCGCAGAAGGGCGGAUAAACCACGGGGGUUGCCGAAGCCCGAGCUAGCUCCGGCCGGACGAGCGGGACCCGGGAAGCCAAAGAGGGUGGUGUCGGGCGUUUAAGAGGGAGGAGACGUCAGUGCACGCGGCCCCGGCUGCAGGUGGCGCUACUCGUGGAACCCGAAAGGGCAGUUUCAUCCAAAGGAUGCAGACUUUCCUCCUAGAUACCCCUGUCCUUUCGGAUAGAAUAUUUCUGUUAAGCGUGUCCUAACAUUAAACGGGAUUUGUUCUGUAGGAAGUCCAGCACACAUAGUUACCAGGACUUUGCUUUCCAAAUAGGAAUUCCAGGCUUCCAAUGAGAUGGGUCCCGAUAGGCUUUGUAUGUGACCUCACAGGGAGUUACUUUAAAUAAUAGGGCCCCAAAGACUAGUUAGGGGUGCUCUCGCUGAGGAGUUCCUGAGACUCUUGUACAGGGUUAUUAUGUUUGCUCCUUGGCCUGAUGUGAGCCACAGGUCUAAGACAAACCAGUUUCUUGCCAUUUAAAUAUAUGGAGCACUCCAAGCUUUCUCCCCCACAAAAGUUAUUCUUUCAACCUUGCCACUUCUGCUGAGAAGCCAGUUAGAAUCUUUACUGCCCCCAGAAGGGAAGUUAUUUUGGUGCUCCUUUUGAAUGUAAAUUUCCAUCCACAGGACUGGAAUCAAGAGGUGUGUAAGUUAGAUGUAGCCUCUAAUUUUCUGAUGACUAACGUUUGUGUUUUCCAGUAAUUGCACAAAGUUAUUGAUUUUUCUCUUCUCUCCUUUCAACUGGACCUUUUGAAUGAUUGCGUCGCUGUUUUGAGAACAGUGUUGCCAAAGUUGCCAAUGGAAUUUUCACUUGUGUUUAGGAUUAAGAAGGUGAAAAGACAGCACUAUCACUGAAGCCAUUUUCUUGUUUGUCAACAGAACAAAGCCUCCGUUUGAUAUCUUUUUCUCUAACUGAAACUAAGAAUAAGCAUCAUAUCCAGUUAAGAUAUAGUAGAACUCUGGACAGUCAGUGGCUGGUUUGUUCAUGCAUAUGUAAUGCUGAAUAAGGGACUAAGGUAGACUUCUUCAGUCUGAAAAUUAUUAUUUGAAAAUUCAAUUUCUUUCUUUUUUUCUUUUUCUUUCUUUUUUUUUUCUUACAAUAAUUUCAGUACACCUGUAUGGAAAAAAUGCACUUUUCUGUGUGUCUUCCUUAAUUUUAGAAUAAAUUAUAUAUGUAAAAUAAUUCUAGCUCAAAAUUUGUUUAUCCAACUUAUGCCUUGGCCAGCAAGUGUUAUAUUAAAAGUCUUGAGUCUUCCAUUUAUUUGUGUCUCUUACAGAACUGUAUGGGAAUGGCUUUUGGACAUUUAUUCUUCCUACUUUGGAGGAAUUACAUGAAAAUGAGGAAGGAGCAUCCAAUUGGGGUAUAAUUGCCAAGGCAAUAGAGAAAUUUGGGGAAUAAGUGCAUAGCAGUCAGCAGCCCCUGAUGCUUUUUAUUUCUUUUAAUCUUUGUAUUAAGACAAAGUAUAUAUAUGUAUCAAAAUUGACCUUCACUUUUCUCUGUGACAAUAAAGGACUUCAUUAAUGGUAAUGCUACAAUAAACUGAUAUCAGUAACACAUGCAUCUUUAUUUU